CCGCCGCCCGCGGUGAGUCGCAGCGGGCGGGCCGCGAACCCGCGGCCCCGGGGCUUGCGUGAGGGCGGGCGGCCCGGCAGGUCGCCGCCUCCCCCUCGUCGAGGCUCCGCCCGCCCGCGCUGUCCCCUUCGCCCUUCUGCGGGCCGGCAGAUGCACGUAGGCUCGCAGUCCGCCGCGGCUCCGUCCCUUGCUUUUCCCCCUUCUUCUUAAAAUGCCGGCGGGCAGGCGGGUCCUGGGAGCUGCCUCGGGUUAGCAGCGCAGUUCGGAAGCGUCGCGUGAAACACUUCCGAGGGAUCCUGAUGUGUCUCUUUCAAUCUACCGCUAGAAGGUUGGUUUCCCAAGUGCAUUGUGGACUUAAGGCCUCGUCUUCAAAGAAACAGAAGUUUUGUUUGGAAAUGGCCCGUCCUAGUUCAAACAUGGCUGAUUUCCGAGAGGUGUUUGCCAAAGCCAAGCACAUCGCCAUCAUCACCGGAGCUGGGGUCAGUGCCGAGAGUGGCGUCCCCACCUUCAGAGGGGCUGGAGGCUUCUGGAGAAAGUGGCAAGCCCAGGAGCUGGCUACUCCAGGGGCUUUUGCACGAAACCCUUCCCGUGUGUGGGAAUUCUACCACUACCGGCGAGAAGUGAUGCUGAGCAAACAUCCCAAUCCAGCCCACAUUGCCAUUGCAGAGUGCGAGAAGCGUCUCAGCAAGCAAGGAAGGAGCGUUGUGGUCAUCACUCAGAACAUUGAUGAGCUGCACAGGAAGGCAGGCACCAAGCACCUCUUAGAAAUCCACGGUAGUUUAUUUAAAACUCGGUGCACCAGCUGUGGAAACGUAGCUGCGAAUUACAAGAGCCCGAUCUGCCCCGCAUUGUCUGGGAAGGGGGCUCCAGAUCCUGACACAGAAGAUGCUGCAAUUCCAGUUGAAGACCUUCCUCAGUGUGAGGAGGACGGCUGCAAUGGGCUCCUGCGGCCCCACGUUGUGUGGUUUGGUGAAGCCCUGGAUCCCGGCGUGCUCACGGCGGUGGAGAAGGAGCUGGAUAUUUGUGACCUCUGCUUGGUUGUCGGGACCUCGUCCGUGGUGUAUCCUGCGGCCAUGUUCGCCCCGCAGGUCUCGGCCAGAGGAGUCCCAGUCGCGGAGUUCAACAUGGAACCCACUCCUGCCACCAAUAAGUUCAGGUUCCACUUCCCGGGCCCCUGCGGGACCACGCUGCCGCCGGCGCUGGCGCGACACGAGACGGAGAUCAUCUCCUGAGCCCUGGGAUCACCUCCGGAGCAGCCCGGGCUGGCGGGGCCCAGCGCGGGGCGGGCGGGCCGGAGGCGGCGGCGGGACUCGUCCCCACGGCAAUAAAGGCGCGGCGGCGGGGCCACCUCCGA